GACAUGACUAAUUUUAUAUAGUCAUUUCAUGGUGCAUCAUCUUUUGGAUUAGGAUAAAGAUUGAAUAUUGUAUGAUGAUAACUCAAUAUAAAAGUUUGCAUAAAAAGAAUAAAGUCCAAGUCCUCAUUAUAAUAUUCAAUCAACUUUAUCUACAAGUGCUACGAAAUUUGGGAAAUCAUUACGAUCUUAAUUGAAAAAUGAAACCCCUUCAGUCGGAAAAUAUGAACUUGAAUAAGAGGAUGUAUUCAGCUGAUAUUAUUUAUAAUAGAAAAGAAAAUUAAAAAUAACAAUCAAAGGAAAAAGAAAAUAAGAAAAGGUGGCUUCUAUUGUUGGGUAUAGAUUAUAUUCAAUUUUAGACCUGGAAGUUACACAAUUGAACCUCCUAAAUCUAAUAAAAAAUAUGGUUUUGGAGAUAGAUUCUUAGUUACUUAUGAAACUGAUGUACCUGCACCAAAUUAAUAUAAUUUGACAAACAAUUACUUGAAAUCUAGUAUGAAUAAAACAAAUGGUUUUAUGUUAAGUUCGAGUAAACAAGAUAGUAUCUAUCCAAGAUCAAUAACUCCUGCGUAUACUUAUUUAAACAAUCCAUAAGGCCUGGUUAAUAUGAAAGUAGUCUUACUAAAUAAAGCACCAAUCAAACUUUUUCAAAAGCACCCAGAGAUAUUUAUUAUACAGAUACACCAGGUCCUGGAAGUUAUCACUAUGAUUAUAAACAAACUUAAGGAUUUUCAUUUUUAGCGAAGUAUAAACCUUCUGAGCCUUUAAAUUAUCCUGGACCAGGGGCUUAUGAAGUUAAAGAUAAAAUGAAUGGAAGUGGAACCAUUAAAUUUAAUUCUAUAUUAAGAUAAACUAUUUUUAGUCAAAUCAAAGAAUAAAGUCCUGGACCUGGAGCUUAUAAUUAAGAUUAGUAAAUAGGUAAGUGUAAAGGUACUAAGUUUUACAAGUCUCCAAAAAUAUAUGAUUAUUCUACUUAAAUUCCAGGUCCUGGAGCAUAUGAUACAAGACUUUCUACUUUACAAAGUUAAGGUGGAGUUAUGGGCAAAAUAUAUAGAUCAAAAAGAAUUUGUACAACUCCAGGACCUGGAGAAUAUGAUAUUGAUAAUUCUAUUGAUCAUGAUAAAUUAAUCAACUUAAAUAGAUGGAGUAAAUCUAAGAGAUUCUAAGAUGAUAGAACUAAUUUUAUUGGUCCUGGAAAAUAUGAAAUUGAUCGAUCUUUCAUUAAAACCGGAAUUUCAUUUACAAAAUAAAAAAAUUAUAGGGAACCAGUUUAAAAACAACUUUUUGAGUCUCCAGGUCCUGGACAUUACCUCGUCGAUUCAGAAUUAGGAUAUAUUCCUGAAUACUUAAUAAAAUAAAAAUGA